AUGAAACUCUUCUUUGCAGCAGUUUUAAUUGCCGUUUUUGCCGUCACAUUAGUGUCGGCUGGCAUGACCGAGUCUGAUUUUAGGAAGAUGAAGGUUAAGGAUCUUCGUGCUUUCUUGCAGGAUCGCGGGCUGGAGUGUGCAGGGUGCCAGGAGAAGAGCGACUUUGUCCGCAUGGCGUACCAGCACCGCGACACGAACCCAGUCGGAAGCGCGGUGAAGCGUGAGAUCCCCAACAAAAAGUUUUGGGAGGCGUGGGGUGAUAUCGCGAAAAAUGAGUGCCAGAAUGCUGUGAGGCGGCGUGGAAACGAUGAGGGUACCGAGCCAUUUUCCACUAUUUGCGAUACCAUUCAUUCUGCAGUUGAUUCUUACCUGAUGCAGCAUGGAAGACGUGUUGCCAAUCAACUCAAGAAGACCCCGCAGGACCUGCUGAAGACCUCGUUCAAAGACAUUUACUUUGAGGCUGGUUCUCACCUCUUUCAGACGCUGGCGGAUUACUGCCUCGGGUCUCCUUCGUUGCAGAAAACGUGUCAGUCCUUAGGGUCUGUCAUGAGCGCCAUGGAUGGUUCGUCUGGUGCAGAUUUUCGAAGUUGGACUACCAAUGUGGGAAUUGAAAAUACGAAUCCCAUGUACGAAAUCAUCGACGGGCGUGCCGAUUUGUGA